UACUAGCAGUCGUCGAUCGGCGGUCGUAGCGAUCGUAUCGCAGCUAUUUCGCGUCAAUUUUUCAUAUUAUUCGGAAUAAUUGAAAUUCAGAUUAACCCAUCGAAGUGAAUGAUCGAUUAAUCGGAUCGAAAAAUUCCAGCGGCGUAUAAAAUUUCGCGUAUACACGAAAUAUCGAACCGGCUCCUCUGACAAGUCACAGAUCGAAUUUUUCAUCGGCCAAAAUUCGCGCGCACCAACUGUCUGUGCAGUUUAACGCUAUCUUAUCGGUAUCUCGGGACAUCGGGCGGGGAAAGUAAUAAAAAAAAAAAAAAAGGAAGAAGAGUUGUGUGUGCCGGGCGACUUGUGGCCCUGAAGUUACGCAACGCAGCCAACCAGGCACAAUGAAAUCGAAGACUAGCGAGAGUCUCAUAGCGAGUGAAAGCAAGGCGGGGAUCUUGAGAGACGUUGCCAACGAGCACAAGCAAAAACAGUUGAAAAAAGGUAAGACAUUUUGCCAAUCCUGCAAGAAGAAGUGCACCGGGGAGGUGCUACGUGUGCAAGACAAAUACUUUCACAUAGGGUGCUUCAAGUGCGCUCAGUGCAAUGCCAGUUUAGCACUGGGUGGAUUUUUCACGCAUGAAGGUUCCUAUUAUUGCACCAAGGAUUAUCGGGAACGCUGGGGUACACGAUGCGCCGGUUGCGGGGAAUAUGUGGAAGGUGACGUGGUGACAGCCGGCGAGAAGCACGCAUUUCAUCCGAAUUGCUUCCAUUGCCAGAGAUGCCGGCAACCGCUGCUUGGACAAGGGACCAAAGUAUCUCUUGUUCAAGGUCAAGCUCUGUGUCACCGAUGCGUUGUUAUCCCAGUUCGCGAGGCCUCUACGCCGCUCGGUAAUAACGCCGGUAGUAAAGGUGGCGGACACGCUGACCCUGGUGCCUGUGCUGGUUGCGGAAAGCAAUUGAGGGAAGGUCAGGCAUUGGUCGCGCUCGAUCGCCAAUGGCACGUUUGGUGCUUCAAGUGUCAUAGCUGCGACACUGUGCUCCAUGGAGAAUACAUGGGAAAAGACGGCGUACCCUACUGCGAGAAGGAUUAUCAGAAGCAAUUUGGAGUAAAAUGCGCCUACUGCAAUCGUUACAUCAGCGGCAAGGUUUUACAAGCUGGCGACAACCAUCAUUUCCAUCCGACUUGCGCUCGUUGUACGAAAUGCGGCGAUCCGUUCGGUGACGGGGAGGAAAUGUACCUGCAGGGUGCCGCCAUAUGGCACCCGCGCUGCGGUCCAGGACCUACCACCGGACCUAAUGGUAUCGUGAACGGACACGAUGCUCACACUCCGCAGCAUCGGGAAUCGGAGCGAAUCUCUAGCAGCGCUUCGGAGAUGCAGUUUUCAUUGCGGUCACGCACGCCAAGCCUGAACGGAUCGCUGUGCAGCCCUUACAGCAGCCUCAGUCGCAAGUAUUAUCCCGCGCGAACUGGAAGUCCCGGUCUGAUCUUGAGGGAAUACGGACGAGGGGUAGAAGAUGUAUCUAGGAUUUAUACUUACUCGUAUUUGACUGAAACGCCCAGUCAAGGAUAUCUGAGACGCCCGAUACAGCCGUACGAUAAACCCCCAACUAGCCCGCAUUUCCAUAGACCUAGCUCAUCCCGUUCGAUAAGAAGUAGCGGUGGACGCAGCAGCAGAUCGGGAAUGCGAGCCUUGGUCGACGCAUUGAGCGACACCAGACCCAAGUCGCCAGCAAGUCAGGUGGAUAACGAAGAACCGAUAGAAUUAGCUCAUUAUCCAGACGCCAUGAAGCCACCUCCAGGUGCUCAACCACCAAUCGAAAGAGAUGAUUUCCCUGCUCCGCCGUAUCCUUACACUGAUCCUGAAAGACGUAGACGAUGGUCCGAUACAUAUAAGGGAGUACCUGCAUCUGAUGACGAGGAUGACGUGGACAACAAAACAACAACGUAUAUUAAAGAGGCGGAGCAAAAAUUGAAAAAGGAGCAGGACGAGCUGAGUAAGAUCGAUACGGGAAUAGCUAAAGUAUUCCUGCAAGAUCGCGAAAAGGAUCGAGAAAAUUUGAGACAUAGAGCUGCGAACGUUGAUCCUAGAAAUGCCUCGAGGACACCAUCUGCCGCCAGGGAACCAUCAUACCGUUUGCGUUACGAGAGUCCUGUGGGUGCAUCCCCCUCGCGAAAUAUAGACCAUGCACGGCCUUGGGAGGACGAUGAUGGUUUCAGUUAUAGAUCCAGCGGUCCUAGCUACAACGUUGGGAGGUCAUCGGCGCGUUCCCCGGCUCCCAGAAACUAUCCACCCCUUGGUACUCAGCGCGCCUUCACUCUUCCAAACGCCGCUAGGCACUAUCACUCGGUGAUUGUGAGCUCCCUUCGGCACAUCCCGAAGCCGGGGUACGGUCUGGCACCGCGAAGUCACACCUUCUCCUCGACCGGCGGUUCCGUGUCUGCUCUCCCUGGCGACUAUUCGUUCAGCGGGAUGGGCGACAAGACUCACAGCACUGAUUUCUCGUCUGGCAAGUCGGACAUAUCAACAGGCAGCAUUACGGAUGUGGAUCGACGGGCAUUGAAUGAUGGUGGGAUCAUUCCAUCAUCCACCACGUAUACAGGUGGCCUAGGUUCGGUUGUUGGAGGUCACGGAGGUCAUCAUGUAAGAAGAUCGCUGCCGGACAUGGGUGCUGCACCGACCGAACCACCCAAGUUGUAUCCCUAUCACUUACUCGUUAUUACCAACUACAGGCUGCCAGCUGACGUGGAUCGUUGCAAUCUCGAACGACAUCUCUCCGAUGCAGAGUUCGAGGUCAUCCUCCAGUGUUCUCGCGCGGAAUUCUACAGAAUGCCACAGUGGCGUCGCAAUGAAAUCAAAAGACGUGUUCGGCUGUUUUAAUUCAUUUUACACAUUUUACUUAUUAUAUCCGCAUUGUGUCACGAUUGUGUUGUACUGUGGUACAGACUGUACAUUCCUACUGCGUAGGUAGAUGCAUCGCGAAGAAAAAAAAAAACAGAAAAUGUGUUCGAUGACUAUUGCAAGCAAUCUGCCGGCUGGCGUAUGCUUGCAAAAUAGAAGUUCUCUUUAGACAGGAGCACAUCUCAAUACAUACACAUACACACACGCACACAUGUAAUGACACAGAAUCACUGCCACUUAUUGUCAACUUUUUCUCGCGGCAACGAAUCCAAGCAGCUUAUCUACCGACGACCCGAUUUAUUUAGCGACAUAGACAUUCUCGAAUUUUAUCAUUUGGAAUUCAAUUGUGACUUAGUUUCACUCAUACAUAUGUUGACGCGAGUACGUAAUGAUACGGCUGAUAUUAAAAUAUAGAUGAGAAGAUAAUCAAAUAGGGAAGAUUGCGAUUAUAACUCUUAAUACAAUUUGCUAUUGUAAAUAAGAAGUUAAUCGAGAAAUCGAAAAGCGGUAUGAAAAAGCAGCUAGAGAAGUUUCAUAGUAAUUGCAUAUUCGCUCUAAAUCGCAUACAUAUAUAUUAACCUUGUGCAGAUUAUGACGCAAGGGAUGCUGCAAUAUGGUAGAAUUUAUUAUUAUUAAUUUUUAACUAUACUAUUAUAAUAUUAUUAUUAUUAUUAUAUUAUUAUUAUUUACUACGUGCAACAUGAAGAGUUAAAAGUUAUAAGUAGAGGUGAGCCCAGCUUGCUUAAAAGUACGAGUACGCUGAUUAAUCAAAUAAUUUGUGUGUGAAUUUAUCACAUUUUUAAUUUUGCUCUGUGGAAAUAAUUACUUUAUAGAGUCGCUUGCGGUAUUUUUUUGUGUAAGAAGAUAUAUCAAUGUUUUUAAUUAUCCUUGGAUGUAAUAACUAAAGUAAAUACUCUGCGGUGCAGAUUGCGAUAGACUUUUACGAUUACUCGAUCACUCUACAUUAGAGUGUAAAUAUGAAAAUCAGGACCAAAUUUAUAGUCGUGGUGGAUCAACAGUCGAAUCAUCAAAAGGUUUAUCAUUAUAACUCAAAAUAUACGUUUUAUUACAUUUUACCAAUAUAUAGCAACAUUCCUAUUGCUAUCACAUUUAAAUCUGUAGAAUUCUUAGCAUUUAUAGCAUUUUUCAAUCUUUCACAAUCUUUUAAAAAUAGCAUAAAUUAAAUUUUAAAAUAUUACAUCGAUUAAUAUAUCCGAAACGUUAAAACUGAGCGAUUUCUGAUGUAAUUUUUAACAAUUAUAAAGCAUUUAUAUUAUAUAAAAUGUUGAUGUAUGACAUCAAAAAGCAUAUUCACAAAAAUUUUAAAAAAAAGAAAGGCAUUUCGUGCAAGUCACUCUUAUCUCGAGUUUUAUUCUAUUUCAAAACUUGUUUUAUGCUACUUUCGAAAUAUAAAUUGAACAAUGUUCAGAUGUUAUCGAUAUUUACUACCGACUAAAAUAAUUUUAUAAAUACACGGCAAUUAUAUCCUCCACCCUUAAAUUAGGUCCUGCGCAGAAUUUAAAAAAUUUCGAAGAAAUAGGUGCAGCAAGCUAAAUAUACCGAACGUACGCGCGUUCAUUAAAUAGAGCGGAUUUAUUCAAAGCGAAUAAAGUUGAAUUUUCAUAUAGUUGAAAAAAAACAUACGACGUAUCGCCUGUUACGCCAACCGUGUAUGAUUAUCAUACAUGCGUUUAUUACACGUAUUUCGGAUACGCAUGCGUCCGAUAAGAUUGAUACAUUCGUUUAAACGAAGUCACCAAACUAUUGUAUUGUCGACGCGCAUGCGAUAUUUUAUCGAAUUAACUGCGUUUUACUAUACAUACACACAUUUCGCCUCCUUACCCUUAAAUCAUGUGCCUACUAAGCGAAUGUCAUGGGACAUUUCACGCGAGAGAGGAAUCGUUAGUCUUACAGAGCGUCCUAAGCACGCUGUACAUUUGUGUAACACUUACAAUUCCUACCAAGGCAACACGAUCCCGAUUAGCUGUCCGGCAAUACGUUCCGAUUUUUCACUUGGUGAUGAUCUUUUAAACGUCUCUCUUAAACUAUUGUGUUGCUUGGGUAACCGCUUUAUCACAAAGAAAAGCUAACGUGCUCCAUGAUCGCAAUUAAUUAUUUCGUUAUCUUUGUUAUUUAAAAUUUACAUUUUUUUAUGAAUAUAUUUUUAUUCGCGUAAUUGGCUCUUAAUUUUAUUACAGUUUAUUGCAAUUUGAACGAUUUUCCCGGCCGGUUUUGUUAAUUUUUUUUGUCAUGUGUCCGGUCUUUUUGAUCAUGGUGCAACGUUAUUGUUCCCACUGUGUAACGCGAACCAAUGUAUGUUUCUGUUGUAUAGAGCACAUUGCUUCCGCUAGUCCCUAAAGUUAAAUAAAUGCAAACGUAUGAAAAAUCUAA